GCGUUUCCCGUACAGACCCGCGGACAGACUGCAGGACAGGCGGCCGGCUAGAGACACAAUCAUAGGCCCCUUGGGGGCACCCGCCGGCCCACCGCGAUCAGGCUUCACAGACGUAGUUGGUUCAAGUUCAACAGACCGCUACUGCCGGAAACGGAAGGCCUUGGGCAAGCUGGCGAUUGGACGCGGAGCCGGAAGCGGAACCCGGAAAGUGGUGGCGUCGGGGUAUGGCUGAGGCGGCGGCCGUGGUAGCCGAGUCCCUGGCGGGUGGCCGGGCGCGGGCGGCGCGCACGGUUCUGGAUCAGGUGGUGCUCCCGGGUGAGGAGCUGCUGCUGCCGGAGCAGGAGGACGCCGACGGCCCGGGAGGUGCCGGAGAGCGACCGCUGCGCCUGAAUGCCGGGGCGCGCGCCCGCGUGCGCGUUGUGUGCGGCCCGGGCUUGCGGCGCUGUGGCGACCGCCUGCUGGUCACCAAAUGCGGCCGCCUCCGUCACAAGGAGCCCGGCGGUGGCAGCGGCGGUGGCGUUUACUGGGUGGACUCGCAGCAAAAACGGUAUGUCCCAGUGAAAGGAGACCAUGUGAUCGGCAUAGUGACAGCUAAAUCUGGAGAUAUAUUCAAAGUUGAUGUUGGAGGGAGCGAGCUGGCUUCUUUGUCUUACUUGGCAUUUGAAGGUGCAACUAAAAGAAACAGACCAAAUGUACAGGUUGGAGAUCUCAUCUAUGGCCAGUUCGUGGUUGCUAACAAAGAUAUGGAACCAGAGAUGGUUUGUAUUGACAGCUGUGGACGAGCCAACGGAAUGGGUGUGAUUGGACAGGAUGGUCUGCUUUUUAAAGUCACUUUAGGCUUGAUUAGAAAGUUGCUAGCUCCAGACUGUGAAAUCCUGCAGGAAGUGGGAAAACUCUACCCACUGGAGAUAGUAUUUGGAAUGAAUGGAAGAAUAUGGGUUAAGGCAAAAACCAUUCAGCAGACCUUAAUUUUGGCAAACAUUUUAGAAGCUUGUGAACACAUGACAGCAGAUCAAAGAAAACAGAUCUUCUCCAGAUUGGCAGAAAGUUGAUCCAUGGACUUCCUUAUGGGUCAGUUGAGCCAAGAGACUAUGUGGGUUUCCUGGGGAAACUUUUUCAGGUGAACUUUUCCCCAUUAAAUCUUCAGAAGACAAGAAAUGAAUGUACAUAUUGUCUUAUUAGAGUCUUAAAAUAUUUUUAUAAAAAAGUUACUGGUUGCCACACAUGUUCUUGUGGGUGAGACAAAUCAUUAUAAAAUAAAUGAUGUAUUUUUUUGUUCUUUACAGUAAAGUUUACUAAAGCUAGCA